AUUUGUCAGUUGAUUCAAUUUGUAAACUUUUUGGUCAAAUCUUAAGUGAAUAAGUAUAAAUAAGUGGGAAAUCUCUUAGAAUCUUGGGUCAAAAAUGAAUGGAAUGGAACAUUUAUUAAAUCCAAUAACGUCCUCACCGACUUAUAUAAAGAUGACUCAGCAAUUCGAUUUUACGAAUCAUUCCCAUCGUCGUUUGAAUCCAUUAACUAAUACUUAUGUCUUAUGUUCUCCUCAUAGAUCAAAAAGACCUUGGCAAGGUGCCAGAGAAGAAGUGAAAAAGAUGGCAUUACCAGAAUAUGAUCCAAAAUGUUAUUUAUGUCCCGGUAAUAUCAGGGCUACUGGUGAUGUUAAUCCUAAGUUUGAAUCUACUUAUAUAUUCACUAAUGAUUAUCCAGCUGUUAAACUAGAACAACCCGAAUAUAUAGAGGAAGAGCAAGAAGAUACACUUAAAGGAAGAUUACUCAAAACAGAAGGUGUUAGAGGUAAAUGUUUUGUAAUAUGUUUUAGUCCUAAUCAUAAUUUGACUAUUCCAAUAAUGAGUAUACCUGAAUUAACCAAAGUAGUUUCUACAUGGCAAAAGUUAUAUCAAGAAGUUCAACAUGAAGCAAUAAAUGGAAGUGCCCCAUAUAAAUAUUUACAAAUAUUUGAAAACAAAGGAUUUGCAAUGGGAUGUUCGAAUCCACAUCCUCAUGGUCAAGCAUGGUGCUUAGACGUAAUUCCAACCGAAGUUGACCGUGAAUUAGAGAAUAUGGGAAAAUAUCAUAGACAACAUCAUUCUCAUUUACUCGGAGAUUAUGUGAAAUUAGAGUUGGCUGAAAAGGAAAGAGUUGUUCUAGAAAAUGAUUCGUUUGUUGUUGUCGUACCAUACUGGGCACUUUGGCCAUUUGAAACUUUAUUAAUUUCCAAAGAGCAUUUGACUUCGACUAAUGAUUUUACUGACAAGCAUAAGAGUGACUUAGCACUCAUAUUAAAGAAAUUGACUACCAAAUAUGAUAAUUUAUUCAACACAUCAUUCCCUUACUCCAUGGGUAUUCAUCAAGCUCCUUUACAAUGUAGUGAAGAAGUCAAGAAUAACUCCUGGUUCCAUAUGCAUUUCUAUCCUCCUUUAUUAAGAUCAGCCACCGUCAAGAAAUUCUGUGUUGGGUUUGAAAUGUUAGGUGAACCACAAAGAGACUUGACUAGUGAACAAGCUGCUGCGAGAUUGAUUGAAUUAAGUGGAGACAAGCACUUCAAUGAUUUGUAAUGAAAUUCAUAGACGACCCCAGAAUUUUAAUUUUAUAUAUAUUAUUAUAGAAGUAAUUAAUUUUCAUAAUAUAAAAAAGUUAAUACCUCCU